CAAUAUUUUUUUCUAUAGUGACUCUAAAAUUGAUCUCACCUAAAUAAGCACUAAAUACUCCAUUAUUAGGUGUUAUCAUGCUUAUUUACCAUAAUUGUGUCCACAGUUGCUCCAUUUUAGGCUAUGGUGAUUUCUUUACUACAUUUUUAGGUCUUACCAAGAAAUGUAAAGAUUUGGGCAUGAUUCGAGUCUUGGAGAACAAGUGUAGAAGAUAAUGACGGAAAAUCCAGAAGAUCGCAGGCAGACCUUGAAAAUCACGACCGUGAUCUCUGGCCGUGAAGUUCACGCCCAUGCAGUUUGAAGAUCACGACAGUGAACCACCCUAUUUUCUUCAUGAUCUUUAUUGACAAGAAACAAAGAGGAUCACGACCAAAAUGAGGUAGAUCACAAGCAACUCUAUAGUUCAUUAACUCAAGAUCACGACCGUGAACCUGAGUUCAUGCACAUAAUCUCCGGUCUCAUGAUUAUCAAAGUCAAUAGUGCAACUAAUCAUUGCGACGCCAUUUUGGAGAUCAUGGGAAACCUUCUCAGAUCACCUCCGUGAUCUAGGUGAUCUUCCUCUUUGAUCCACUUGUACUAGUGUUCCAAAUUAGCACUAGGAUUCUAAUUCUCUAGGGUCUCUCACCACUUGCUCAUGUGACCAGGUAGGGGUGGGCAUCGAUUCGGUUCGGUUUGAACUGAAAUAUGCAUACCGGAUCACCCGAAUCCUCCAUACUUGAAACCGAUUUCGAAUCGAAAUAUACCGAACCCAAUUUAAUUCCAAUUCGGUUCGGAAUUUCGGCCAAACCCGGAUUUCUAUAGCAAAAGACGCCAUCUCUCUCUUUUACUUUACCCUCUCUUAGCAUUUUACUGAUUUGAUUUCCAAAAACUCUCUCUCCCCUCUCUGGCCCUCACUUUCGCUCUCUCUCUCUCUCUCCCUCUCCCUCUUUCUGUUUCUCUACCCAACCAAUAAACAAAGAGGCGGCCGACGAGCAUCACGCAAUGCUCAAAGCAGCGGUGCUGCAGUGGUAGAGAUCUCUCAUCCAUUGUUGAUCUCGAAGCGACAUAGAUCUUUAAGGGAAGAAAAGAAAUCGACCGAGGACGGCAGGCUGCAAUGGCGAUUGACGCCGGCGAUGGUGACGACUUCGACGAUGAAGGUUAGAGCUUAGAGGUUAGCAGAUACAAGCAUGCAUGGCCUUUUUUGGGGUUUGCAUUUCUCCUUCGAGCUUCACUUGAUCUUCUCUGUUUUCGAUUUCAGUCUCCCUCGUUUUGCUUAUUCGAUUUGGGAUAUUUUUAUGGAUUGUGCAGGUUUUUUGGUUACGGGACUAGAGCGGAUGGGGAUGCCUAGCUCAGUCCGUUGUGCUCUGCAUGGGACGGAGGUGAUUGUGUUGCAUGAAUGUUGGUGAUGGAGAGCAGUCGAAGUCGAGGUCCUCGAGAAGACGGCUAUGGAGAGGAGCGGCGACCGAUGAGUGGGGAAGGGAAUUAGGGAAGGGGACGAGCUUCCUGGGGGCUAGGGUUGUGAGUUGUGAGAUUUUGGGCUCAGUUGGGUUGCGGGGAGAUUUGGGUUUGGGGGAGGGUUUGGCUUCAGUUGGGCUGUGGGUGGUUUCUGAGAGGAGGGUUAUUGGGCUGGGCAUGGGACAUUUGGGCAGCCUAUUUUGGUUUUUCGGUUCGGAAUUCGAAAUCUCGGUUCGGUUGAAAGAACCUUGGUUUCUGAAUUAGGCACAUUUCCUUUCCGAACUCCAAACCGAAUAACAAUAUUUUGGUUUCGGUUCGGUAUAAAUCGGUUUCGGCUUGGUUCAGUUCGGGUUUACCGAACUGUAUGCCCACCCCUAUGAUUAGGGACGAGUUCUAGGAUCUCUUAAAAUGAAUUUGGAGGUUGUGGUUCCUCCGGGUUAGAAGUUUCCCUUGGGUUUAUAGAAAUCUAAAGUAAAAGUGAUAGGUAAAAGGAAAUCUAUAACUAUGCGAGUGUAGAACGCAGGAGGACGAGGCGUUGCACAAGCAAAGCUCCCCCUAGAGUUCCUUGACUCAAAUCUUGAUCGUGGAAAAGUAUGAGUUGCUUGAUUAUUAUGUGAUCUAAUCCAACCUUGUGCCAAGGAUUCUUGCCUAGGUCUGGCAGGCAACAAGGACCCUUCGCAUUUCUCUCUUAAAGCAUCACGAUGAUUGAUCAAAUCGAGGGUCGAUCGUAUAAAACUAUCAUCUCCGUUGGUCCCAAGAUUUUAAGGAUUGGAAGAAAGUAAUGCAUGUUAAAUGCACUUAUAAUAGAGUUCCAUUAUCUGAAAGGGAAUUCUCAAAAAACUGAUAAAAGUGUGAUUCGUUUGAUUAAUCCUAAUAGUUAAGGUCUAUCUAUGCGACUAGGAUUUCAAUGUUUGCACCACGAAGGGGUGAAAUCUCAACUUAGGAACUCAUUUUAUCGUACAAAAGUAAACAUAAAGGCAUAAACAAACAAAAGAUAGAAAGAAUAACGUCAAUCAUAGUAUGCCAAAAGAUCACAAACAGCUCUAUAGAUCAUCCAUUCUUUUCUUCUGCUCGGGUGUGAGGUCCACCAUAUCAUCAUGCACAUCUAAGUGUUUAAUGCUAUCAGAAAUGGAAAAAGGUGAUUUGUUCCUCCCUGUCUUUCAGGAUAAGUUUACCAUCAUUCACAUCGAUCAAGGCUUUGGCGCUGUCCAAAAAGGGGUCUACCUAGGAUUAGUGGUACAUUCACAUUCUCAUAUAUGUCCAAGAUCACAAAAUCAGCAGAAUAUAUGAAUGUACAUACUUUAACAAGUAACUUCUCCAUAAUUCCCAUAGGAUGCAUAAUAGAACCAUCUGCUAUUUGAAUGCUCAUCCUAGUGGUAGAGGGUUCACCUAGGCCUAGUUUUCUACAAAAAAAAAGAAAAAUAUUAUGGAACUAAAUUAAUACUAGCCCCUAGGCCAGCCAUGUAAUUUUCAGUAUGUAUGGGUCCAAUAGUGCAAGGGAUAGUAAAACUUCCUGGGUCUUUACAUUUUUUGGCAGCUUGUUCUUCAUAAUGGCAGAACACUCUUCAUCGAGCAUCACCGUGGAUAGAUCCCCAACCUUUUCUUGUUUCUAAUGAUGUCCUUCAAGAACUUGGCACAUUUAGGCAUUUGGGCAAGGGCCUCCAUGAAUGGUAAGUUGAUGUGCACCUGCUUCAACAUUGCAAUGAACUUGGUGCAUUCUCCUUCCAACCGAUCCUUCAACAUUGUUAAUGCCUUGGACUCCAAGCCACUCGAACCCUUCUUUGCACCUUAUGUGGGUUGAGCUUUCUUCUUCUCCUCUCGUAUUUAUUUCAUUUGCAAUUGAUCUUCAUAAACUUCCCCAGGAGAAAGAGGUUUCAAUACAAUCCUUUUACCUUGGUGCAACAACGUGUACUUUUUGGCGACACCAUCAUAUUGUGCACAUCAAUCAAAUUGUCACGGCCUCCCAAGUAGGAUAUGAGUUUCUUUCAUAGGCACCACAUCACACUUCACUUUAUCUUGUAAAUGGUAAACUUCAAUAAGGCUUGCUUUGCUAC